AUGGCAUUGAUCAAGCGGACGCUAGUUGUUUUGGUGACAGUAUUGGUAGUGUCAACAUGGAUGCCAGUCUCUGAAUGUGCAAAUACAAAAAAGCCUGUUAGUGUUGCAAGAAAAGAUGAUAUACCGUACAUCAAAUGCCAGGUUUGUGAAAAGGUUGCCUCACAGUUGUACCAGCAAGUUCAAAAGAAGCAGGAUCAGAUCUCUCCCAAGAAGAUCAGUGAGCAUCAAAUGAUUGAGAUUGCGGAGAAUGUUUGCAAUUUGAAGAAAGAGGAAGCUGAUUGGAUUAUGAAAUUGGAUAUAGUGGAGCAAGGUGAUAAGUUGAAGCUAAUAGAACAAGAUACGGAAGGUCAAUGCAAUUCAGAAUGCAAGACAAUCGAGCAAACUUGUCAAGAGGUCAUGGACUAUGUCGACACUGAUGUUGCUGAAUAUAUAUUUACUGCCAAGCCUCAGAUUGAUUUAUUGGUGAAACAUCUCUGCAAAGAUCUGACUAAUUCAUGCACUAAGAAACCACCUCCAGUCCCCAAGAACAGGAUGCCUGGGGAACCAUUUUUGCCUAAACCAUCUAAAGAGGUUGAAAUGGAGAAGAUUAUGAGAUCUAUGGAGGGUAUGCCCGGAGCUCCUGGCAUGAAAAUGUAUUCAAGGGAAGAGUUAAUGGGAAUGAACAAUUUUGGAAAUGAUGAUGCUGAUGAUGAGGAUGAUGAGGACGAGGAUGAAAAGUUCCCCUCAAAUAUGGGAAAAGCUUUGAGAGAAACGCAGCACAUAAAGGGUGGCUGGCAACAGAAAAUCUCCAAAGGAAUAGAAAAUAGUGGCGAGACAUUGAAGAGGCAUGCAAAUAAGGUCUUCAACCAGAUACAGAAGUGGUGGAGAGGAAUACGUGGAGCGCCUGCAAAGAAGAAUUCAAGGGCUGCCAAAUCAGAGCUUUAG